GUGGUCGGCCCCAGGGGAUAGAGAACCCCGAGGGGCAGCGGCGGCUCAGAACUGCAGAGGGAGGAACGCGGCCUCCGCACCGCCGGCCCUGCUCGUGGACGCCCGUUGUCACUUUGCUGGACAAGAGUACCACCUGGUGCCGCGUCCCCGGCUCGUGGCCGCGAGGGGAGCGGUCGAGGCGCGAUCCGGCCCCCGCACUCACUCUCGCCGUUUCCGCCGCUGCCUCGCCCAGGACGCCUCUGAAGCCCUGGGUCCCGUGGAGCAGGCCGCUUCCGCCGACGCCCCUCCCAGCCUGCGGUGGACGGCCAGAGCGAGCAGAGCCGGAGGGAUGCCCUGGGCAUCGGGCCUGUCGGAAGGCCAGGACCCCGCCUUGGGGUGCCGGCAAGCGUUGAGGCAUGCUGCAGGGGGCUUGGGCCAGCCUCAGCAUUUGGGCUCACCCAGCUGCUGACCCGGGCAGGAUGGGGGUCAUCAGGUGCCUUCUUGCUGUCCCAGCUGUAGAGGCUGAGGGGAUCCUGCAGCAGAGCACCAGGACCAGAGGACCAGCUAUGACCAGUUCCCCCGUCUCCAGAGUCGUCUACAACGGCAAAAGAAAUAGCAGCCCGCGCUCGCCCACCAACAGCAGUGAGAUCUUCACCCCCGCCCACGAGGAGAAUGUGCGCUUUAUUUAUGAAGCCUGGCAGGGUGUGGAGCGAGACCUGCGCAGCCAGCUAUCAGGUGGCGAGCGGGGCCUGGUGGAGGAGUACGUGGAGAAGGUUCCCAACCCCAGCCUGAAGACCUUCAAGCCGAUUGACCUGAGUGACCUGAAACGCCGGAACACGCAGGAUGCCAAGAAGUCCUAGAGUGCCAGCGCCCUCCCCUGGCCGCUGGAAGAUGAGGGUGCACUUGAUGUUGGCUUCCUCCUGUCCUGCAGGCCUUCCCAGGAGGAGGGAGGGGCUGUGCUCCAGUGGGCUGCAAGCCCUAGGGUCAGCAGAGUUGAUGGCUGAGGCCACUUCUCUCUGCGCCCCUCCUGUCCUCUCUGGGGAUCUCAAGCUGCCCCUGUCACUUGGAGGGGGGUCUGGCCCUGCCUGCCCCCGCCAGAGGCCCUGACCCCAGUCCCUUCUCACCUGCUGCUGCCCCUCCCUUCUGUUCCUGUGCACUGCGGGAUCAGGAAGGAGAAAAGGGGGCCUGUUUCCCAGGUUGGUGGGACUGGCUGGUUUUGUCCUUGAGAUGACCAGGAAGUGGGACAAGCACAGCUGCACCUGCACCCAACUUGGGUCCCCCACAGACCUCUGCUGGUCCUCUGGCCUGGACACUUGGGGAGCCUCCCCCACUCUGCCCCCACUGUCCAGCCUCCCCUUCCCUGCCUCAGCUUCAGGAUGGCACCAGGUUUCGGCCUGAGACAGUACUGACCUCCCUAAAGGGGUCCCCAGCAACCAGACCCGGCCUGGUGCCUAAGCCCAGUGGCCACAGAGGCACCCUUGGGCCAGGGGUGCCAAGGCUGACCUGAAAUGGUGCUGUUGGGCCUGUCCUGGCUCUCUGGAGUGUGUGGGAGGGUCACCAGGGCCCCUUUUUUUCAUGUACCCUCUGGAAGCCAAGUGUCUGUGUGGCCCUGGAGCCGGGGGGUCUGUGAAUAAACAUGGGUGGCACUGGGA